AAGGUCAAAGGUUUCACCCUUUUGUAACUUUUUUGUGCUACAUCACAUAAAUAAGAAUCGUUCCCACAAACUUUCGGUAUUUAAUAGUCCUAUUUUUCGUUCAAUAUAAUGUAAGAAAUAGGGCUCACAUUUGUUGUCGCUUAUUCAUUUACCCUUUUUUACAUGAAUGCUUUUGUUGUAGGGGACACACAGGCAUGCUAAUGUUACCUUGCUAGCUUAUAAAUAAGUCCAGAUUUAAUGUUGUCAGAGCAAAACCGAUAUUGUAGACAACUAGAACACGGUUUUAAUAGGGUUUUUUUUAGGGCUAUGGCGUCGAUUCGGUUUUUGUGGCUGCUAAAUGCGAAAACUGCUAACGCGAUGAAAACAUUAGUCCGGUCUGGGAUCUGUGCAUGCUCCAGAAAAAGGAAUAUCUGCAGUUCACCUUCAAGGCUGCAGAACAUGUCAGCCUGGGUCAUUGAUCAGUUUGGCUCUAAUGGAGUUUUGAGAUUUACAGAGGAAAUCAGUCUUCCCGUUAUAAAUGUCUCCAGCGAGGUGAUGAUAAAAGUCAACGCAGCCAGUCUGAACCCUCUGGAUGUAGCAAUGAGGGGGGGAUAUGGAGCUACACUUUUGAACCUCAGAAGAGAUCCUUCAUCUGUACUCAGCAGCUCAAAUGAAUUUCCUCUGAUUUUGGGUCGUGAUGUGUCAGGAACAGUGGUCGACUGUGGAUCUGGAGUUACACAUUUUGUUCCUGGAGAUGAGGUGUGGGCGGCCAUUCCUCCUUGGAAACAAGGCAGCCUUGCAGAAUAUGUGAAGCUAACAGAGUAUGAGGUUUCCCACAAACCAAAAUCUUUGAGUCACGCAGAAGCAGCGUCCAUCCCUUAUGUUGCAAGCACUGCUCUGUCUGCACUUGUCAACGCAGGUGGUCUUUGCAGAGAAAGCUGCGCAGAUAAAAGAGUUCUGAUCACCGGAGCAUCAGGAGGAGUCGGAACAUUUUCAAUUCAGCUGUUAAAAGCUUGGGGUGCACAUGUAACUGUUACCUGCUCCCAGAACGCUGAGGGUCUUGUCAGAGGACUGGGGGCUGAUGAGGUUGUGGACUACACCGCUGAAGAUGCACCUCAACAACUAGAAUUGAUGCCAAAGUUUGAUGUCAUUUUGGACAAUGUAGGAGGGGACACAGAGCAGUGGGCGAUGGGCCUGCUAAAGCCCUGGUCGGGGGCGAAGUACGUCACGCUGGUAUCGCCCCUACUGCUAAACACUGACUCCAUGGGCCUGGUGGAUGGGACCUUUCAGGCUGGUUGCGCUCUGCACAACAAGGCAUUCGAGAACAUGCUAUCCAGAGGAGUUUUCUACAGGUGGGCAUUCUAUGCUCCAGAUGGACCUGCUUUGGAUGACAUCAGCACACUGGUAGAUGGUGGGAAAAUCCUGCCAGUGGUGGAGGCCCAGUUUCCUUUCAGUCAGGUGCCUCAGGCUUUUCAGAAACUGGAGCACGGCCAUGCCAGAGGGAAGACCGUGGUCAAGGUGUCUGAAGAGGAUGACAGCCAGGGAGAAACUGUAGAAUCAGAGCAGGGGAUGCAAGAAAAAGCACAGGGAAGCUAAAAGCCAAAUUACCCGCAUCUUUGGUCUCACCUCUGCAGGGAGCACUCCUCCAGACAUCUAAUAGCAGCAGACUGUAGAAAAGAUCUUAUGUGCAGCAGAGGAAAAGUGUGUUGGGAGCAAGCCAAAGGUUGUAACACUUGUUUGAAAUUUCUUCCUGUGCUUUCCAUGAAACCUUUUAAGGUGCUUACAUUUCAUUCUGUUAAAUUUGAUGUCCCAAAGCGCAGUGGAAAAAGCAAAAGUGUUUUUGCAGGUUUGGCUUUACAAUGUGAAGUUGAACAAUGGCAUUCUUUGUUACAAGUAUUCAUUUACAUGUUUAUGAAGGAAGAUUUUCCCAACCUGUGAAAAGGAAAAUGUCUUCAUUUUAUUGUUUGACAUGUGCCACAAAUGCCUGAUUGCUAUAAGCAUGUGAAAUAAUAUACAUUUAUUGUUCUUUCCCCUACUAUUUAAAAAUAAAAACAAACUUUGAAAACA